AUGCAGACAUUAUUUCCAGCAAUACACCACGUUAGCUAUGCUCAUUCAUUGUCCCGUCAAUGGCAAGCAUCAAAAAUCCUGACAAAAAACCGCUUAAUUUACCCUAUUUUUGUCUCAGAUAAACCAGAUGAUGAAUCUGAAAUUUCAUCAUUACCGGAAAGUUUUCUGGCACCCUUAGUGAACAAAGGUUUAGCAGCAGUCAUGCUUUUUGGCGUUUUAAGUGUAGCAAAGGAUUUAUAUGGUACAGAAGCAGACAAUCCAGCAGGACCAGUUAUUUCUGCAAUCCGUCUAUUAAAAUAUCAUUUUCCAUCACUUUUUAUUGUAUGUGAUGUGUGUUUGUGUGAAUAUACACUACAUGGUCACUGUGGAUGGCUUCGUGAGGAUGGUACGAUUGACAAUGAAGCAAGUGUUAGACGCUUGUCACAAGUAGCAGUUCGAUAUGCACAAGCAGGUGCAAAUGCAGUUGCACCCAGCGAUAUGAUGGACGGAAGAGUGAUGGCGAUUAAAAAAGGGCUUAUUGAAGCGUCCUUGUCUCACAAAGUCAUGGUGAUGAGCUAUUCAGCCAAGUUUGCAUCAUGUUUAUAUGGGCCAUUUCGGAUUGCAGCAAAUUCAAAACCCUCUUUUGGAGAUCGAAAAUCGUACCAACUCCCUCCUUCCUCAAGAGGACUUGCUCGACGUGCUAUUAUGCGUGACAUUUCAGAAGGAGCCGAUUGUAUCAUCAUUAAACCAGCUACAUCAUACCUCGACAUCGUUUCAGAAGCUGCUAAGAUCGCUCCUGACUUACUUAUUGCUACAUACCACGUUUCCGGAGAAUACGCAGCUAUUCAUGCUGCUGUUAAAGCAGGAGUUUAUGAUCUCAAAACAAUUGUUUUAGAAAAUUUAGAAUGCUGUUUACGAGCGGGAGCAGGAAUUAUUAUUACUUAUUUUACACCUGAAUGCUUGAACUGGGUAUAA